AGAAGAUUUAUGGACCGUACGAUCAGGGUUUCUGGACGGUCGAUUAGCUCAAACUUUCGUUCAUCAUUAAUGGAAAACUUUUAAAUUAGACAAACUUUAUACUUCUUCCUGAUUUAUACAUCUGACAAUUCACGAUGCCCCUCCUAAUCUUUAUCUCCAUCUUCCUCUUCAACGAUGAUUUCUCGCACAUCGGAAUGGCUAUCGCUAGGAAGUUGCGUGAAUGUUGUAGAUGGAUUUCACUGAAUGCGCCGGUCGUUAACAACCAUCGAGGAGCUCUAACAACAAUGAAGAUCGACGAUGGAAAGAGAAGUUUACUCUUUAAAUUCUUUCAAUUACUUCGUGUUCGAGUUGAUAAAAACAUCAACUCUAGUCCAUUCUUUAUUCAGAGUGUCUUAAAUGAAAUAGUCAUUUGUAGAAGGAAUGAAUUUAAGUUACAUCUACCAAGUGUUUGCUAAAAUGUUUCAAUUAUAAAUAGUAUCAGUAAACUUUAUUUGCGAAGAGUGGUGUCUACUUAAAAUUAUGCAAUAUUUCAUAAUGGAUGGUUAUGGUAUUCGUUAAUUCCACAUUUUCACUAAUGUAUACUAUCGUAUGAUUUAUGGGUUUGACAGUACUUUAACAAAUAUGGAUAGCAGGGCUCUGAAUUCAACCUUGUGUAUGUACUGUAUUGAAUACGACCUUUCUUUUGUAAAUUCUUGUAUUUUUUAUUUAUGUUAACGACUUCAGAGUGUAUACACUUGUAAUAAACAUGUAUCAAUUCCUCUUCACAUCACGCCCUGAAUUUCUGUAUCACACGCAAACAACUUUAUGUGAAGAUUAGUAAUUUGUGUUUUAUUGGGUUGUCUUUGAGCCAAUAUAGUUAGGUUGUAAUAAAGCGGUGAUUUGAUUUUGAACUAAUUUAUAGGAUUGUAGAGAGGAUAGAAUUGAGAUAUUUCUUCUAGGCCCCUUGUAGAGAAGAAGAAGUUGGGAUACAAACUUGUACAAAUGAAAGUUUCUGUUGUUAAUAGUUAAGUUUUUCAUGUUACAAGUUAUGUUAAUUCUCUUACAAGUUAUUGUUAAUUACACUCUCGGAUUGGAAGACUGAGAAUGAAAUUUAGUGUUUAUUAUGGAAAAUCUUGAAAAAGCAUGACAAUGGUGAGGUUAAGGCAAUUUGUUAUUGACACUGAUUGUCCAAGGUUUGAACUUUUUAUGAAUAGUUUUAUAUUAUUUGUUACAAGUUAUAUUAAUUCGUAUAUAAGUUACUCCAUACUAUUUACUAAAGCGUUUGGGAUUGAAAAGAAAGAUGAGCUUUCUGCUUACAAAUGCAAUUCAGUUUAUUUGUUGAUGCAUGUCAUUUAACAGAUUUUUUAUGAGUGUCAUGUUUCGUAAUCACAUGUUCUUAUGAACCAGAAUUUUAUUAUGUUCUAACAAACAACUCAAAUAAGAAGAGGCCAAAUUUUGAUCUUUCAAUUUUGUAAUAUAUAAGAGGAUUAAGAGCAUGCUUGAAUGUCUUUAUCUUUCAUUCUACUUUUCUCAGGGUGGUAACAAACCUAUGAAGUUCUCACAACACUCUUGAAUCAAAACUAUCAAUAUCUAUGUUCAAUUCAUAUUCAGGAUGAGAAAGGUUGAGUUCUUCUUCUUGCCCUGAGCUUAUUGAGUUUGUAUCAAAAGGUAUUUAAAUGGUAAUAAGAAAUGCAUGUCAAGGCUAUUAGCUCAAAUGGUAGAGCAAUGUGAAACUGUGCACAAUGGUGUGGGUUCGAAUCCCACAUAGCUUAAGAAAUCUGAACUUCAUAUUUGCUACAUUCAGCUCAUGUUAACCCCCCAAGUACUUCUAGCCUAAAGUGAAUUGGAAUAUGUAAUUUCUGCCACUACCGAAUCAAGCAGAGACUUCUAUUGACUGGUACCCCAAUUCAAAACAGCUUACAGGAAUUAUUCUCGCUUCUUAUGGUCAGCUUGGCAGAAAUUAAACUAUCACCAAGUUACAAAUGAAGGGAGGGUAGGAGUGAGUAGGACUGGGUACUGGAACUGGAAAAUCCAAAGCUUGCAGAACUUGUCUAUGCAACUCAGGAAAUGUUGCAAUCACCAUUACAUUUUUGUGGAUCAGCAUAAUAUGUGAAGAGAGGAGAUCGUGAGAGCAUCUGGGAAAAUGGAACUUCUUGACCGUUUACUUCCCAAACUCCGUAGAGCUGGGACAUAGGGUCCUCCUUUUCUCACAGAUGACCCGUCUCAUGAACAUUCUUGAAGUCUAUUUGGAACACAACAAAUAUAAGUAUCUUAGACUUGAUGGUACAACAAAAACAGAAGAAAGAGGUUCUUUGGUGAGACAAUUCAAUGCCCCAGAUUCCCCUUACCUCAUGUUUCUCCUUAGUGCUCGUGCUGUGGACUUGGCCUGAAUCUAUAUGAAAUUAAAGUUGGGAAAAGAUUAAAUCAUCAAUCCACUUGUUGAGAUAGUCUAUGUGGGAUUCGAACUCACAUCUUUCGUGCGGUCACACGAUGCUCUUCCAAUUGAGCUAAUAGGCUGCAAGAUAACUAUGCAAUUUUUUGUCUUAAAAAGUUAUCACAUUAUGUUUAAAAGUUGACUAGUUUGGUCUAUUGGUCAUUUUAGUUAUCAUAGCUCUAAAUUUGCUAAAACUAAUAACUAGUUGAUUUUGAUAUAUAACAUGUCAUUUAAAAAACCAUAACUAGUAUGAUAAAAGGUAUAGUUUGAUUCAAGUUGCUACAACUUUUAAGAUAAAUUAGAUAGCAAGAACUUCUUAUACAAAUUCGGACUCUAGAGAAUACUUCAUAAUAUGUGCAUGUGUUAUAACUUCAAAUUCUUCAAUUCACAAACAUGCCUCCAAAAGUAUAUUAGGCACAUACUAAGAUAGAAUUACAAUGUUGACCAUCAUUAUUUGGAUCACUCAUCUUCCCUCACUGUCUCAUAAAUAUAUCUUUUAAUAAAAUAUUCAUAACUUUUAACAUAAGUAGCUGCACUUCCAGUCUUCCACCCAUAACUGUUAACCCUUACCAAUAAUUGUCAAUAUAGAGAAUAUUGAAACGGCAAAUGCAUCAACUCACACUUUCUCAAUGUUACUAAUAAAUAAAGAAAUUUCUUCAUGUUGUUCCAAAAAAGCGUAAUAAAAUAAAUAAUUAUUUUAUGGUAAGUGUUUACAAUCUAAAAUUCUAAUGAGAGAGGUUUAACAAAAUAUUACUUUUACUCAAAUCAUUAUAACUUGUAAAUAAAAAAACCUAACUUUCAAACUUAAAGACUUAACUUUUACCAAAACUCCCAGGAGCUCUAAAGGGAUAACUUUUACUUUCCAUUCACCAGAUACUGGGAAAACUAUUGAUGAAUGGAAAUAUCUAACACAAGAGAGUGAUGAUGUUCUUGAAAUUGUCACCAAAGAAGGUGGGAAGGAUGAAGAUGCGAAUGAUUUAACAGAAGGGUUUGAUGGGACAAAGAUUCAUAGAGAGGACAGUUGUUGCUAUUUGUCAAGUGAUGAAGACGUAGAACUUGUUUGGAAAUAUUUUCCAGAAAAGUUCAAUUUUUUUGAAGUAAAGGGAUCGGAGUCGAGAAAAAGAAGACAUGGGAGUUUAGGAUCCUCUUGCAACAGUGGCGCUUAGCUACACAUUGACAACUUUUUUGAUCAUCUAAAGGCAACACCACCUGCCACACAAAGCUGGAGGGUGGGGGGAAUUUGGCUGUGAGUUCAAGCAACGUUUCUAGUGCUUCAAAAAAAGAAUAACAGAAAGAAGAGAAACUUUCCAACUUUCGCAAGUCAGUUAGGCGUAAACUUUUAUUUGAGUGAUAUAUCACUUUAUGUUUUCCCAUCAAUUAGAGUGUUCUUCUUCUUGUUUUGUCUAUGAACUGCAACUUGGUCAUAUGUGUAUGUUAAACAAUAGUGAAUGUGCAUGUUUAAGUGGAUGUUGCCAUGUUG